AUGUCACCGCGAUUCUCUCGACGAUCGGUGGUCCAUUCGACCAAGGGAAUGGUUGCCUCCACACAACCCCUGGCCUCCGCUAUCGGAGCCCGAGUUCUCGACCAGGGGGGAAACGCCGCCAUGGCUGGCAUUGCCGUUGCCGCUGCUCUCAAUCUGCUGGAGCCCCACCAAACCGGUGUGGGAGGAGAUAUGUUUGCUCUGUUCUACGACGCCAAGACAAAGAAGGUCGAGGGACUCAAUGGAUCCGGCCGAUCUCCCAAGGCUCUGACUGUCGACUAUCUUCGAAAGCACGGCGUUGAAGGACCCCGAAUCCCUCUUACUUCUCCUCACACCAUCACUGUACCCGGUGCCGUUGGUGGCUGGUGUGAUAUCUACGAACGGUGGGGCAACAAGAAGCUCACCAUGGCAGAGAUUCUGGAGCCGGUUGCCCAGCUCGCUGAAGAGGGAGCUCCCAUCUCCGAGGUGUCUGCCAAGCUGUGGAAGGACCAUGGCCCCAAACUGCUGAAGACAGACUCUGCAGGAGCCGAUCUGCUGGUCAAGGACGACUCUGCCGAAACUGGAUACAGAGCUCCCUAUGCCGGAGAAGUGUUCAAGAACCCCGGUCUAGCUGCCGUGCUGCGGGAAAUCGGAGCCAAGGGAAGAGACGGAUUCUACAAGGGCUGGGUAGCGGACAGCAUUCUGGAGAUUCUGCAAAAGCGAGGCUCUCUGAUGACCCGAGAAGACCUGGAGAACCACACUUCCUCCUUUGUCGAACCUAUUGCCAUUGAAAUCAAGGACAACAUCAAGCUGUGGGAGCUUCCUCCCAACGGUUCCGGCCUGGUUGCCAUUAUCGCUGUUGGUGUCAUCAAGGCUCUGGACCGACAGGGUAAAAUCUCUCUGGAAGGUCUCAAGCUCAACUCGGCCGAGUAUCUGCAUGUGGCCGUCGAGGCUCUCAAGUUUGCGUUCCGAGAAGCCGAUGAGUACGUAUCUGAUCCUGACCACCACGACGUUUCUCUGGAGGAGCUUCUGAGUGAGACCAAGUACGACGAGCUUGCCAACCGGUUCGACACCAGCAAGAUCCACCCCAACUAUGACGAUAACGUCAUCAACCCCAUCCACAAGUCCGACACUGUCUACUUUGCCAUUACAGACCGAUGGGGUAACGCGUGCUCGUUCAUUAUUUCCAUUUUUGACGGAUUUGGAUCGUCUACUGUCCCUGCUGGCACUGGUUUCUGUCUUCAGAACCGAGGUCUCAACUUCAACCUCACUGAGGGGACCCGAAACUGCCUUGCUGGAGGCAAACGACCCUACCACACCAUCAUUCCCGCUAUGGUCACCAAGGGUGACGACCUGUGGGCGUGCUACGGAGUCAUGGGAGGCUUCAUGCAGCCUCAGGGCCACGUCCAGGUGCUGCUGAACAUGAUCAACUUUGGCCUUGACCCCCAGCAGGCUCUGGACGCGCCUCGAUUCUGUCUCUCUGCUGGCAAGGGAAUUGAUUUCGGAAAGGGCACCCAUGGACCCUGCAGCAAGCACGAGACGGUGGUUAAUCUUGAGGAGACCAUCGAUCCAGAGGUGGUCGAAACUCUCAAGAACCUGGGCCAUACCGUCAAUGUUGUUUCUGGCGAAGAUGCGUGGGCUCUGUUUGGACGAGGCCAAGUGAUUCGACAAGACGAGAACGGUGUCUACCAUGCCGGUAGUGAUCCUCGAGGUGAUGGACAGGCUGUUCCCAUUUUAUUGUAA